UCCUCGCGGCGUGGUUGGAGUUAAGUGCGAACUCCGGAGGCGCCGAAGUGUUGGAGGCGCGGCCGGUGGAGGCGCGGCCGGGAAGCUCCGCCGGCCCCGUUGUGCGGGCUCGUGCCUGUGAGAGACGUUCCCGGUCCGGGCCCGGUGCGCCUUCGGGUGUCCCCGUACGUGGGAGCUUUGCCGCGUAAAACGGAAGAACUGAGGAGAAGACGAACUAUGAAAGUAUUGGUUAUUGGCCUUGGGGGUGUAACAAAUGGAGGGAAAACAACACUAGCAGAAAAACUUAAGAAUAUGCUUCCCAACUGUGAUAUAAUCUCUCAAGAUGACUUCUUUAAGCCAGAGUCUGAAGUAGAAACAGAUGAACGUGGAUUUAAGCUAUAUGAUGUACUUGAUGCCCUCUAUAUGGAUGAAAUGGUGGCAAGUAUUCGCAAUUGGAUGAAAAGGCCAACAAGCUCAGGUGUUAUGACAGAAGAAGCACAGAAUACAUGUGACAAUCUGAAAAAUGUUUAUAUUUUGAUUGUUGAAGGCUUUCUCCUUUACAAUCAUGAGCCACUUAAUGAACUAUGGAAUAGAAGAUAUUUUUUGACCCUUCCUUACGAAGAGUGCAAAAGGAGAAGGAGCACCAGAGUCUAUCAGCCAGCAGAUACACCAGGGUACUUCGAUGGACACGUGUGGCCUAUGUAUUUGAAAUAUAAAAGUGAAUUGGAAGAGAAUGCAAGUAUGCAAGUUGAUUAUUUGGAUGGAACAAAAUCCCAAGAGGAGCUUUUAUCCUACGUGUAUAGUGAUAUAGUACAGGAAUUAAACAAGCUGAGGGAAGAAACAGGUCACAGCAUGAUAAGGUAGAAAGCCUGGGUUCCAUUUGAUAUGAAUUGAAAACACCAAGACUGUCAUACAUGGCAAGCCAACCAACUGAGCAAAUUCUCUGUGUAUGACCAUAAUUCUACUUCAUAUAACACAAGAGGUUUUGUAAGUAAUUAUUAACUCUCUCUCGGGUAUGGAGACAGAGACUCCAUUUAGGGGUAUGAACAGUGCAUUCCUUAAAAUUCCUUUAAUCAGACCUUUUUUGGCUGAGCUUUAAAUCUGAUUGAAUGUAUACAUUUUAAAGAACAUGAAGAUUUUUGUACAGCAAACUAAACCAUAAAGAUGCACUUCUGUUGGAUUAAUAAGCCUAUCUGAACAUGGAUGAUUGCAAUUUGAAAUUAUCAUAUAGGAAUGACAGUGAUUGCCUCUAAUACUUUUAGGAGCUUAGUAUCACUGAUAAACAUGCUUAGAGGAGCUAGCUGUGUAAGUUUAUGUAAGUUGUUAUGCUGCUUAUUCAGUAACUGAUUGAAUACAUCACACCUAAACUUAUUUAGACUUGCUAAAUACCUCUCUCUGAUGUUUGCACAAUAAUUUUUGUGUUGUGUAUUGUUUAGAGCAGUUGGGAAUAGAUGUAGAGAAAACGAAAACAAACCUGAAGAAGACUCAGAUUGUUGGAAAAAGAUGGGGAAAUAAGAUGUAGAGAAUGGAGAUGCAUCAUUAACAAGAUACAGUAUAUAUAUUUUGCAGAGAUUGAUUGGAAUGGCACAGACAACUAGACAAUAAAUCCAUGCUUCAGGGAGGAAGAAAUUAUUGUUAUUAAUAUUUGUAACUCACGUUGAAAGUGAAAUGAAACUGAAAUGUUGUGAAUGAAAACAGGAAUGCUAAACAAAUGUGAAAGCUUUGUUAUAGAAUUUGUGUAUAUAUAUUUACACAAACUAGGAAACUGGUAAAUUGGAUCAUAUUUUAUUGCUGUAUAAGUAAUGUCUUACCUCUUAUAUUUUCUAGACAAUAUGUUACAUUUUUAUCAGCCAGAAUAAAACUGCAGACAUGGAAAGCAAAAGAUGGAUUAUAUUACUUGAUAUGUGACAGCUGAACUGGUCAGUACUACUACAUGUAGUACUUUAUUGUAAAAGUACUAAAUCUAUGUAUAAUAAAAAGAUGGUAUCAGAUUAUGGCUGUGUUUAGCUGUGUUAAAACAAAGUGCUUUCAAAUAUAAUUUUGUAUUAUUGCACUAAUUGUAUUUUGCACUAAAAAGACUUCAUAUUGCAUUUGCUCAUAUGCUCUGAUGGACUGUCUGGCUUUAAA